CCGAUUUCCGUUUUAUCACCUCUUUUGAAUCGUUAUUCACCUAUAUCACAAUCAAUGUACAAUCGAGAUCAGCCAGGAUCGAGUUCCUCAACAACAUCUCCAAAUGGCAAGCAGAGAGCAUCCAUUAUGACUGAACAGGGUUCUUUACCUGGUCUUUUGGUCAACACACCUCUCGAAGAAUCUGUUUGGCCGCCCGCAAGAGAAAGUGACCGAUGGACAGCAUCAGACUUUUGGAGAAAAAGUAGGGAAAGAGCAAAGACAGACAGAAAUAGUUGGGACUAUGUCUUGAGCAGCGGUAUAGCCGGAGGUAUAGCAGGUUGCGUGGCCAAAACAUCUAUUGCCCCUUUAGAUAGGGUAAAAAUUCUCUUCCAGACAUCAAAUGCUGAGUUCACCAAAUAUGCGGGCACACCAAUGGGUUUAUUGCACGCUAUCUCAGUGAUAUACAAAUCUUCUGGAGUCAGAGGUUUGUUCCAAGGACAUUCAGUAACCCUUUUACGGAUAUUCCCCUAUGCCGGGAUCAAAUAUAUGAUGUAUGAUUGGCUGGAGCGUUUAUUGAUAAAACAUCCCGAUCAACGCAGUCCACAACGCUUCUUCCUAGCCGGAUCAGCUUCUGGCGUCUGCUCUGUUUUGUGCACUUACCCCCUAGAGCUCAUCCGUGUCCGUUUGGCCUACCAAACAAAGACAUCAGAACGAACUUCCCUUCUUCAAGUGAUUAAAACCAUUUAUCACGAGGCAGAAAUACCUGUAAACAAGAAACAAUCACAAUCCGUCUCCCCGUUCAUACGCAACCUCCCGCUGUACCCCUUUUACCGAGGUUUCUCAAUGACCAUCUUCGGCAUGAUCCCUUAUGCGGGCGUUUCUUUCCUCACAUACGGUACUUUGAAGCGGUACGCUGCAGAUUAUAUUCCGUACUUUGGUAAUCACGCAACCGCACGCGAUCUGGCUUGCGGUGCGGUCGCCGGGGCGGUCAGUCAGACAUCGAGUUAUCCGUUUGAGGUAGUCAGAAGGAGGAUGCAAGUAGGUGGAACGUUGGGUAAUGGAGGUAUAGGAUGGAGGGAGGCGGUGAAGAGAGUUUACGAGUCAAAGGGAUGGAGGGGAUUCUUCAUCGGAUUGAGUAUUGGCUAUAUCAAAGUCAUCCCUAUGACGAGCAUUUCUUUCGCAACUUGGCAGUUGAUGAAGAGGCUGAUGGAAAUCUCCUAGAAAAGAGAGGAUGAUCAAAAGGAAGGAGAGUGUAUACAGAAGAUAUAUGAGAUAUAUAGCAUCUACACCGCAUUUUGUUCAUUCCGCAUCAACAUUGCACAUGCAUACGAAAAAGUU